GCGGCAUGUAACACACUAGGAAGCAGCGGGGCCCGGGCCGCCGCGCGUCGUCCUGACGCUUUGUAGCCGUGCAAACCGCCACAUCGGUGGACCCGUAUCGAGCAGCGAUCGUACGCAGCGUUUUUUCACCGCGGCACGCCGUCGCGACCACCAACAGAGACUCUCUCAGACAUGGGCAAAGGCGGACAUGGAGGUGGAGCAGUCGGAGGCUCGCACAGCCAUAAUGAAGAAUAUCCCGACGACAACUGGAAUUUAUAUCAACACGUCGAUAGGGCCGAAGCUUUAAAUGCCGAAGGGGACGCCAAAUCUGUAUUAAGGCCCUUCGUGCGGCGCCUCGAGACGGAGGGGUCCCUCGUGUCGGACGGCGACGAGGAGCUGCUCGUCAAGAUCACGUUUCUGGCACCAGUGUCCCUGAGAAGGCUGAUGGUCAUCGGCCAGGGCGACCCCGACACGCAUCCUUCGAGGGUCAAGGUCUACGUCGGGAAGGAAGACCUGGACUUCCAGUCGCUUGAAGAUGUUAGACCGACCUUCGAGACGGCCCUACCAGUAAAUCAGCAGGGAGAGGCUUUUGUGCACGUGCACCCUCCGGGCGCGUUCACGAACGUCACGUCCCUGGCCUUCUUCUUCCCGGGCAACCACGGCGAGGGCGACGAGACGUCUUUACAGUACAUCGGGAUGCAGGGCGACCACUCCCACGACAGGAGGGAGGCCGUCGACGCGACGUACGAGCUUGUCUGCCAGCACUCGUCCGUCGAUGUGGCGGCGGAGACGCAGGGGACCAUGGGCGUCUGAUGUCCGCGCCGUCGCCGCGUGUUUGUGAUAAGACUUUGACCCAGACUGGGG